GAUUCUAUUUGUGGGUUUGUGUGGUUUCAAUAAUCAUCAUUCACCGGAAAAUGAGAUUUUGUAUUGUGUGCGGUAAUUCUGAAGACGACGUAAAGCAUUUAUUUUGCUUUCCCCGUAGCGCAGACAGGUCGCAAAUAUGGCAGGAAGCUAUGGGAAUGAAAUAUAGACCACUAUGUGGCCAUGUUAGAAUCUGCAAUGAGCAUUUCACAAAAGAUAGAUUUGUGCCGUGUACCUCAGUUUUACGUUUGAAAGCUGAUGCAGUGCCCACAAUUCUGGAAGUCCAGAAGGACCAUGUUAUGAAGGGACUGGACCAGAUAGCAAAUAAAAAAGUAAACAUUAUAUCCCAAUAUAUAAUAAAGCCAGAACCACAGACUCUUUUGGAUACCAAAUCAUUAAGUAAUGCAAACAGUGAAGUUACUGAACAUGAUAAAACAAAUUCCUCGCAGUCACCAUCCCAACGGGCUGUCACACCAAUUUCAAGUACAGUUAGAUGUAGAAGGACUCUUUUUAAGGACGUUGAAGGCUUGUGUUCAACACAGAUAACACCAAGAAAGCAAAAGUUGAUGGUUAUUGUGAAGAGAAUCCCUAUGAUCUAAUGUUACUAGUUCUCAUUCAGUCUGUGUUUGUUAUGAAAAGAUGUGGCAUAGCAUUAUUAUCAUUGUGAAUCUUUGUUGUACUUAUGCAAAUACAAUUUG